CAUGCGCGGUCAGGAAAUCGGAAGCGUUCCCAUGUAGAGUUUCUUAGUGUGUGAGAGAGACUCACGGAGUGUGUGUGUGUGUGUGUGUGUGUGUGUGUGUGUAUGUGUAUGUGUGAGUGUGAGUGUGACUGUGACUGUGUGACUGUGUGAGUAACGUGGCAGACGUGGACAUGGAGUUUGCUGCGCUCGUGGCAGUUUCGUUGAUUAUUGGAGCGCUGAUUAUUUUAGUCGCUGUAGCAGUUAGCAAACAGAAAGCUAAACAGAGUGAACAAGAGGAGCAGAACAACAAAGCAGCUGAAGAGAGCUCGGUGAAGGCUUCUGCCGCUAAGAAGCAGAAAGCGCAGCAGCGCCCUCGGAAGGAGAAACCUCAGCAGCACACGUUCUCCCACCCGCUGCUUGCCUCCUCGCUGAAGAGUCACAAUGCUGCAGUGACGUGCCUGGACUUCAGCAGUAACGGGAAAUACCUGGCCUCCUGCGCUGACGAUCGCACCGUCCGCAUCUGGAGCACUAAAGACUUCCUGCUGAGAGAUCAUAAAUGUCUGAGGGCCAACAUAGAGUACGACCACGCCACGCUCGUCCGCUUCAGCCCCGACUCCCGAGCCUUCAUCACAUGGCUGGCGAACGGAGAGACGAUUCGUAUCUUUAAGAUGACCAAGAAGGACGACGGCACGUUCAUUUUUAAAGCGGCUCCGGAGGAUUUUCCCCAGAAACACAAAGGCGUGGUUGUGGACAUGGCCAUCGCAGACACAGGGAAGUUUAUAAUGACUGCGUCGGUGGACACCAACAUCAUCAUCUGGGACCUGAAAGGAGAAGUGUUAGCCUCCAUCAACACCAACCAGAUGACCAACUCACACGCUGCUGUUUCUCCCUGCGGCAGGUUCGUGGCAGCGUGUGGCUUCACGCCAGAUGUUAAAGUUUGGGAAGUGUGUUUUGCUAAAACAGGAGAGUUUAAAGAAGUGACUCGAGCGUUCGACCUAAAAGGUCAUUCGGCCGGAGUGUACAGCUUCGAUUUCUCCAACGACUCCCGCAGGAUGGUGACGGUGUCUAAAGACGGCACGUGGAAGCUCUGGGACACUGAUGUGGAAUACAAGAAGCAGCAGGACCCGUACCUGCUCCGGACUGUACCAUGUUGGGUAUCGGAGGGGAGUCGUAUCGCUCUGUCUCCGGACGGUCGCGCGAUCGCCGUGUCUAAUGGCCGAGACGUUUACAUGUACAGCGCGAGCUCGGGUGAGCUGGAGGAGGAAUUCCACAACGUUCACAGUGAGGACAUCACCGACCUCAAAUUCGACAUUAACAACCGCUUCCUGGUGAGCAGCGGCGACCGCGCCAUCCGGGUCUUCCACAACGUGACGGGUUACCGCGCCGCCAUCGCCGACAUGCAGGCCCAGCUGAAGAAGAGCACCAACGCCGGUGUGAAGCAGCGACUGCAGCAGCAGAUCACUGACGCCCAGACCACGCUGGACGCCAUCACCAACACACAGAAUAACUGACCGCUGGGUCAGUUUUGGGUCUGUGUUUGACUGGAUGUGGUGUGCUGUUUUUAAUGAAUUAAAAAAAGUGUUUAUAGCAUGGGGUUCUGCUUUAUUUUAUGACUUUAUGAUAAAUAUUGUUGAAAAUAAAAUUGUUAUUUUAA